CUGAAUAAACUGAUUUCUGGGGUUUUUUAUAGACUUCGCCAUGGCUGGUGGGAAAAAGAAAUCAAAUAUGCGCAAAGUAGUCGCCGCCAAAACUUCACUGAUGAAGAAAAUGAUCAGCGAAAAAGACCCGAGGCUGAAGUCGAACGUGGAGGCAUCUGAAAAAGCGAAAGCGGAAGCUGCGAAGAAAGAAGAAGCGAAGCGAGUGCCUCAUUACUCCUCGUCUUUGUUCUACACAUACAACAUGAACCUCGGACCUCCUUUUCGAAUCCUACUGGAUACAAAUUUUAUCAACUUUUCCAUCAAGAACAAAAUGGACAUAAUAGAUUGUGCAGUUAAAUGUUUGUAUGCCAAAUGCAUUCCUUGUAUAUCGGAGUGCGUGGUGGGCGAGUUGGAGAAACUGGGGAAGAAGUACAAAGUGGCAUUAAAGAUUAUCAGAGAUCCGAGAUAUCAAAUAUUGCCGUGCUUACACAAGGGAACAUAUGCAGACGACUGUAUCAUAGAGCGAGUCACCCAACACAAGUGCUACAUUGUGGGCACGUGUGACAAAGACCUGAAGAGACGCAUCCGCAAGAUUCCAGGAGUGCCCAUCAUGUACAUGAGCAACCACAGAUACUCCAUCGAGCGCAUGCCAGACGCGUACGGAGCGCCCAGAUUAUAGAGAAGUGUUUGUUCAGACCUAGAUUGUUUAAUCAUAGAUUCUGUGAAAAAUUCAAGUCCGAUUACGUUCAAA